AUGCUGUUUAUGCUCUCACGACAGCUCAGGUUGUUGCAGGGACGCAUCAAAAGGCCUGUUGCGCCGAUUUCCACUGGCAUUGUUAAUUCUUCUCUCCACCGCAGAACUGCCUGCGGACCUGCAUGCUUUUCGUCAGCUGGGACACAGAUAGCCUGCUUCCCCGAGGAAUCCAUCAAACCUGAGAUUGACGAUUGCGAUGGGACGUCCGGCAGAGAAACCACAGACACCCGCCCCGAUUUCAGUCAGCGAUUGAACGACGACCCUCAGAACCCUCUCUCAAACCACUUUCCGCCGUCGGAAGAGACGCAGGCGCUUUUAACACAUGCGGACCGGACCAUACCUACGCGAGAACAAGAAUCUCCGGAUUCCUCAGGGCCUCAGCAGAAGUGGCAGUUACCUCCAAGGGAGUUUGACCUAGAGUCGGAUCUUGGGCAUACGCGGAAUGUAGGGAGUAAAUUGGUGGAUAAUCCACGCUAUUCACAAGAUUUUACCCUUUGGAAGGAGCUUGUUCUGUACCGUCAACGCCAUUACGGCGACAGCGGAGUUAUUGACAUAUGGAAAGGCUUGACUAGGAGAUGCCCGGGAAUCUCUCUCCCUACCGAGGGAAAGGUUGCUGACUUCCUAUGGGAGGCUUUUCUGUCUGUGGGAUUAAAGCAUGACUGGCUGCUAAAAGAGCUACAUAUUCACGCGGAAUCCAUCUGGAAGGAAAAAGGAACGAGAUGGAAAUUCUUCUACGAGCGUGUUAUAGGUACCUUUGUGAGGGCAGGGAAACAAUUGGAGGCGUCGAUAUGGCACCAGGCGUUGAAAGAUACACAUCUGGAUAGUCCAGAAGGCAUACUGUGUGUUUUCAAAACUGCAAUGUCUACCAGGGAUGGCUUGGAUAUCUUUCGUAGCCUAUGUCAGCUGUCCGAUGGGCAUAGGUUAUACGCAUCUGUAAUACCGACUCUUUGGAAACAUAAUAAUAUUCGAUCCGCUCUCGUGAUGCACGACUUCCUGAUGCGGCGGGGAGAUUUUCCGUCAUCCCUCGACGACGUUCUGCCUCUAAUCCAACAUGUGCAAGAAAACAGCACAAAACAGCAGCAGUCUCACUUUCUAGCUGGGCUUAUAAAAUCCGGGACACUCCCUGCGGGGACUACACUGGAUACAUUUUAUUCCAACUUGCCGCAGGUUGAGACGACUACCUCCAAUCCAGCCAAUACCCAAACACCGAUGGUCAAAGAUGAUUUUGGAGCACGACUAUUUGCUACAAAAACUUUCACAUUUGACCUAAUUCUUGGAGGCCUUAAAGUGUUUGGCGUGGGGGCUAUUGGGCCUUUGACUUUGCAGCAAAUGGCACUAAGAGCAGCCGAUAUUGUUGAGCUGCAGCAUCAGAUAUCUAAACUAAAAGAGAUUGGCAUAUCGACUGGAAGUUCGGUAUUUGCCAAAGCUAUUGACCACUUUAUAUCCCGUAAAGAUCAACGGUCCCUUCAUGAUCUGAUUCAUAGCGACCAACAUCCAGACGCCUUGGAGAGCAUAGAGACACAAGAAUCUCUCUUCCACUACUAUUCUAUGUCCCAUGACUGGCGUCGAGCGAAUCUAACACUCACAAUCCUUUCUUUCUUGUCUCCUGAUGAUCCUCAUUCCUACAAUAUACAGUUACGGAAUGCAUUGAAGCUUGAUGAUAAGAGGCUCAUCUCCGAAAUACUCGAGAAGAUGAAAAACGAUCGCAUUUCACCCUCGAGAAAGACUAUAAAUUGGAUGGUAUGGAACAUUCUUCCCUCUCGCCGCAUAGGGACUCGCCCUAUAUUGGAUAAACAUUCACGGGACGCCGUUUUACGUCUUUUUGGAAUUUUUCAGUAUGUCAUUAAAUACGGGGGAUAUAUCCCCCCGGAGUCAUGGGAGGCAGGACUGAAGCAGCUUGUUAUCAGUUGUCGAUGGUCUGAACUUGAAAGACUAUGUCUUUGGCUUGCUGAAAGUUACUCGCCUCAAAACCACCAAAGGUCACAGCUAUCAAAUACCCACCUACCUCCUACCCAUCCGCUAUCUCCUUUACGCACAAUAUUUAGUGCAACUUUUCAAAAAGCCAUUAUCAAUUGUGGUUUCUUACGAAAGCCAAAAUUCAACUUUUCAGGACCAUCGACCUUGAAUCCAUAUACCUCACCACCUAAGCCUGUCAUUCUAUGGGUUAGUGGUCUUAUUUUAUUGAGGCGUUUAAAAGAAAAGGGCGUGUAUAUCGAUACCAAUACAGUCCGGCGAGCGUGCCGGACGCGUCUUGCUAUUCUUUUCGGUGAUGGGCCUGAUUCAAAAAGGAGGAGCAACCGUCUGCUUAGAAAAGUAAAUCCAUGGACUUUGGAUCAAAUAAUAGAAGAUGCUAAUAGCGUAUGGGGUACGUCGCUAUUCUCGGGCCUUACGCCAAACACGCAUAAGCUCGUUAACCCACGCCGCCGACCCAUCCGAGCUAGAGACCUUGAUCAUCAACGGCAGGCCAAAAAGUCGACACAGCCAUAG